AUGACCAAAGCAGAAGAACUCGUUAUUGUUAUUGGUGGCCCAGCUGGUACCGGCAAGACCACUAUCGGUUCAAAACUUGCCGAACUUCUACACUGCCCCUUUUUAGAAGGAGAUAGUUUUCACUCCAAAGCCAAUAUCGACAAAAUGGCACAAGGAAUCCCAUUGACUGACGAGGAUAGAUAUCCGUGGCUCACAACUUUGACUGAAAACGCAGUUGAGACUUCGACGAACGACCCAAGCAGUAUCUCAGUUGUUUCAUGCUCGAUGCUGAAGAAGGAAUACAGGAAGUUCAUCAAGUCUAUUGGUUCUCACAGCUCCAACAUUGACGAGAAUGUUGAAGUGAAGUUUUUGUUCAUCUUCCUGUACACUGACUACCAGGCCCUGCUCAAUCGUGUGGCUCAGAGGCAGGAUCAUUACAUGAAGAGUGAUAUGGUGAAGUCCCAAUACGACAUCAUGGAGAUUCCAGCGGAGAAGGAUCUUAUUGAAGAGGGUGGAGACGAGUAUGGAAUCAACACGACCGGAAGGUCCAUCGAGGACAUUCUGGAGGAAGUUUACGACGUUAUAAAAGAUGAGCUCCAUGCAUGA